ACUAUUCUCUUUCAUCUUUCACAUAUGGAGUUCAUAUUCCCCUCCUUGUCAAUCCUUCUCAGCUUUCUUCUUUUCGUCUUCAUGGUGAUGAAGCUUAGCAAAAGAUUUAAAACUAAUGACGGAUCUUUCAAUCUCCCUCCAGGGCCACCGAAAUUACCUUUUAUUGGAAAUCUUCACCAGCUUCUCGCUAUGGGGUCUCUACCUCAUCGUGCACUAAGAGAUUUGGCCCAGAAAUAUGGACCCUUUAUGCACCUACAGCUGGGAGAACUUUCUACUAUUGUUGUUUCUUCCCCAGAGUAUGCUGAACAAGUGAUGAAAACUCAUGACGCCAUAUUUGCUUCAAGGCCUUAUAAUGAAGCCGCAAGUAUUAUGACUUAUGAAUGUACUGAUAUAGCCUUUUCACCAUAUGGUGAUUACUUGAGAAAGAUAAGGAAAAUUUGCACGUCGGAGCUUUUGAGCCCUAAACAAGUACAAUCUUUUCGAUUUUUAAGAGAAGAAGAGGUGUUUAAUCUCGUAGAUUCGAUUGCUUCAAAAGCAGGAUCAGUGAUUAACCUCACUGAAGCAAUUUUCUCAUCAUCAUAUGGUGUCACUUCAAGGGCAGCCUUUGGAAAAAAUUGCAAGGAUAAAGGGUCAUUUAUAGCGGUUAUCAAAGAGUCUACGAAAUUGCUAGCAGGUUUUAAUAUCCCCGAUGUCUUUCCUUCCAUCAAACUGCUCCAAUCGAUCAGUGGAGUCAAGUCAAAACUUGAGAAGAUACAUCAAGAAGCUGAUAGAAUACUUGAAAAUAUUGUCAAUGAACAUAAAAUGCCAUACAAGAGUGAAGGAGAUAAAGAUUUGGUUGAUGUUCUGCUAAAGCUUCAAGAGCAUAGUGAUCCUCAAUUUUCUUUAACUCCCAAGAACAUUAAAGCAAUAAUUUUGGAUAUUUUUAGUGCUGGAAGUGAAACAUCGGCUACCGUAAUUGAUUGGGCAUUUUGUGAGAUGAUAAAAAAUCCAACACUGAUGAGAAAAGCACAAACUGAGGUGAGGGAUGUGUUUAAUACAAAAGGGAAGGUUGAUGAAACAGGCAUUAGUGAAAUGAAAUUCUUGAAGCUAGUAAUAAAAGAGACUCUGAGAUUACAUCCUCCCGCCCCGCUGUUAAUUCCAAGGGAAUGUGGAGAAAGCUGUGAGAUCAAUGGAUUCAACGUGCCUGUCAAAUCCAGAGUCAUUGUUAAUGCAUGGGCCAUCGGAAGGGAUCCAAAAUAUUGGUCUGAACCUGAGAACUUUAAUCCAGAGAGGUUUAUUGAUAGUGCUAUUGACUUUAGGGGGACUCAUUUCGAAUUCAUCCCAUUUGGCGCUGGACGGAGGAUAUGCCCAGGAAUUUCAUUCGGCAUGGCCAAUGUUGAGCUUCCUCUAGCAAUGUUGCUAUACCAUUUUGACUGGAAACUUCCUGGUGGAAUGAAGAAUCAAGAUUUGGACAUGACUGAGUCAUUUGGUGUCAGCACAAAGAGAAAAGAUGAUUUAUGUUUGAUUCCCAUUCCUUAUCAUUCAUAGCCUCCGAUGGAAGUAUAUGCAAAUAAGAAAUGCACUUUGAUUGCUAGUUUUGCAGCUGGUCACUCGUCGUUCUGACAAGUUUCUUCAAAGAGAAGCUUCUCAGAAAGAUUUCUAUAAAAGUUAUAUAGUAUGUGUUUCUGUACUUCUUCAAUGGCAAUGUAAGUCUUAACUUCUUUGUCUUUAAAAUCUUAAAGAUUAUAGUUUCAUCUCUUACAAAUGCAUAA